ACGCCCCGCCCCUCCCGAGACCCCGCCCCCUUGUCCUAUUAGUUGUCGUUCAGUUCGUGUCGUUUAAUGAAUUAUUAACAGCUUUUUGAUCAUGCAACGCAUUCAGCGUUUCUCUGGACACUAAUACAGCAUGUCAGCAGUCUCCAGACCAGCGAAAGAAGAGAAAGCUGCGAGGAUUAAAGUAGGAGCUCAAGACAAACAUGAUGUUAAAGGACGAGGUGAACCGCGCGAGACUCAUGAAGUUUGCUUCCGCCGUGUUCUACGCCUUCUGCUCGUUUUUUAUCAUCGUGGUCAAUAAGAGUAUAUUAACCGAGCACAAGUUUCCCUCGUUUAUGUUCCUCGGAAUCGGACAGAUGACAGCUACAAUCAUCAUCCUGUAUGUUGCCAAGAUGAACAAAGCCAUCCAUUUUCAGGACUUUGACAAAAGCAUUCCUGGGAAGAUAUUUCCCCUGCCACUGCUGUAUGUGGGGAACCACGUGACAGGACUGGGAGGAACUCAGAAGCUCAGCUUGCCCAUGUUCACUGUGCUCAGAAAAUUCACCAUUUUACUCACAAUGCUGAUGGAAUCCAGGAUACUGAGACCCGACUGCUUCAGCUCGGACCUGUCCUUCAAUGCAGAAGGAUACACGUUUGUUCUGCUAAACGACGUCUUCACGGCCGCCAGUGGAGUUUACACCAAGAAGAAACUGGGGAUGGAGGGUCUUGGUAAAUAUGGGGUUUUGUUUUAUAACGCUUUUAUCAUUAUUAUCCCAACGGUCCUGGCGAGCGCUUACACCGGAGAUUUAGAGAAGGCGCUAACCUUUGAAGGAUGGAUGUCUGUUACGUUCGUAUUUUAUUUUUUAUUGUCUUGUGUCAUGGGGUUUAUUUUGAUGUAUUCCAUCAUCCUCUGCAGUUAUUAUAACACGGCACUAACUACCACAGUCGUUGGGGCAAUUAAAAACAUUGCUGUGAUGUAUAUCGGCAUGUUCAUUGGUGGAGACUAUAUCUUCUCAUGGACAAACUUCAUAGGCCUGAAUAUAUGUAUCUCGGCUGCUCUGAUUUACUCCUACAUCACGUUUCACAGCAGCGGCUCCUCAGAAACAAACGUCAAACCGGCAGAAGACAAACUGAGCAUUCACAUCACUGAGAAUCAUCUGGAGAAAACGUGAUGCUCUACCACUCGCAUGCAUGUGCAUUUCAGUCUUUACCUCAGUUUUAUUGAAUGCAAUAUUUAAAAACCCCUCGCUGCUCGAAAACCACUUCAGUUUCCCUUGUGUAGUUCAUUUAAAUAAACACAAAUGCAUCAACCAGGAA